CUGAUAAAUUAUAUAGUUAAAUUGUUUUCAAUUAUUAACAAAAAUUAUUAAAAAAUUGAGCACGGAAUAAAUGGAUGAGUGUGCCAUGAGGGAGACGGAGUAGUAUAUAUAAUUGUUUUUUCUUAAGUUAAUUCAACUACUCCAAUGGCUUUGAGCUCAACCUUGUUUAACUUCUACAUCUUUAUUUUGGUUGUAUGUUUUAUUCACCCAAUUUUGUGUAUUAGCAGCCAUGGAAGACCUCAAGCUGGCCUUUUCGUGUUCGGUGAUUCAUUGUUCGAUCCCGGAAAUAAUAACUACAUCAACACCACUACUGAGUACCAAGCAAAUUGGCGGCCAUAUGGAGAAUCAUUCUUCAAGUACCCUACCGGCAGGUUCUCCGAUGGACGUCUCAUCCCUGAUUUUAUCGCUGAAUAUGCUGAUUUGCCAUUGAUUCCUUCGUAUUUUGAAAUUGGCAAGCAACAUUUUGUUCAUGGGGUAAACUUUGCAUCAGGCGGUGCUGGUUGUUUGGUCGAAACUCAUCGUGGUUUUGUUAUAGAUCUUCAAACACAGUUGAGAUAUUUCAAAAAAAUCGUAAAACUGUUGAAGAAGAAGGUGGGGAAAACAGAGUCCAAACAGAUCCUCUCGAAUGCUGUAUAUAUUUUUAGCGCUGGUGGUAACGAUUACUUGGCUCCUUUGUCAACAAAUUCUUCAUAUCCUGAGAGAGAAUAUCUAAAGAUGAUUAUGGGCAAUUUGACAUCUGUUCUGAAGGGAAUUUACAAGGAAGGAGGGAGAAAAUUUGGCAUGCUUAAUAUGGUUCCAAUAGGUCGUCUCCCUAAUACUAUAGCUCUCAAUGGCAAUUCCAUAGGGAAGAUCACAAACUUGGUAAAAAUGCAUAAUUCGGCUCUUCCAAAUACACUCAAACAACUGGAGAAGCAAUUGCCUGGAUUUAAGUACACAUUAUUCAACUUGUUCAAAGUAUUUUCAGAUAGCGUUGAUAAUCCAACAAAAUAUGGUUUUAAGACAUCAAAGACGGCUUGUUGUGGGGCUGGUCCAUUACGAGGGAUUUAUAGUUGUGGAGGCAAGAGACAAGUAAAAAAGUACAAGUUAUGUAAAAACGUGAAAGAUUACUUGUUUUUCGACUCUUUUCAUCCCUCUGAGCUGGCCUCCAAACAAUAUGCCGAAGUUAUGUGGAAUGGAACUCCAGACGUCGUUGCACCUUACAACCUUAAAUCUUUUUUUGAACUUUCAACAUAACAUGAUGGUGGCAUUGCUGAAACUGUUCUGUUAUUCCAUAAUAAAGGAAAGUAGAAGAAAAGUAUGUGAAACUUGAUGCUAAAAAGAAUGUCCUUCUGAUUAGGAAGGUCAUAUUGAGAUUAAUAAAACUUCCCCUCUCUGUCUU